AUGCAGAGGGAAGAUAAAUCGCAACCUCGUCGUCUGGAGACUCCAGAUCGUGGGGAGUCCCGACAACGAAGGGAUGAUGAUAGGACCAGAAGCAGACGUAGCCGCACCCGCUGUGACAGUAUUAGGAGUUUUAACGAACGUGGGCGACUCCGUGUAGUAGAACGAGACCUCGCUCGCGAACGGGACCGGCUACACAAUCUCCAGAACGACCUGAUUAUGGAACGUAGUAGGAGGCUACGCAGUGUGAGUAAAAAUAACGAUUUCGAACGUCAUGAUUCCCAUAUUUCUGGGCGUGAUACAAGUACUGGACGUAAUGUUCGUUCUAGAAGUAGGGCGCUUGACCAAGGGGUGGAUGACCGUCCCAAAAGAAGGCGAAUUCUAGAACAAGGCCAACGAUCUUUCAGUCCCUCGUUCUCAACUAAAGAUGUAACUAAUAUUCUUAAAUCACUUAAAGACUUACAGUCACAGCCGUCGACGUCCGCCCCGGUUGCACCGAUUAAUUCAAUAAUCGGAGAGUCUUUUAUUAUAAUUGUUAUAUUCAUAGCCUUUAAAUGUUACAAGUUUAUAAUAUCUAGAUCUAAGAAUAAUUCAAAUGUAUCAAUUCCGACUCGUAACGAUGAUGAUAAUCAUUCCAUUUCACAACGCGAGGAUUCACCAAUACCAGCACCCCGGUUAAGAGAAAUCGCAUAA